UGUUUGUUACAUAGCCAUUGAGAGUUUAUGAUACCCCAGCAGUAGCUCAGAGUGGCGUAGCUAUGUGAAGCUCCAUGUGUCUCGAUCAGUCGAAUACUGGAAUUCUGUGCAUCCUCGCAGUCGGCGAUGAAAGCAGGCGAGUCGGACUUUCCGUUGCAAAUCAAUGCGGGUGAUCCAUUUGUACAGGACCGAGCUACCGAUGCGCCGUAGCUUCCAAGCACUCCUCAAGCCACCGUUUCGCUCCUCCGAGCGACUCUGUAGACGCUGUAUUUUCCCCAAUGUCUCGCAGCCAGGGCACACCCUUCUCUCUUGCUGGAUCGCCUUCGUCUGUAUAACACAAAACUGGUCGCCCGCGAACAGUUAUGUGUUUGCAGCUCGGAUCGGGAGGUUCAAAUUCGAGACGACCUUCCUCGAUCAUUCGACCAAGUUUACCUUCGGGAAAUUCGUGUGGUCUUAUGUCUCUGGGACUGAUCCAGAGGGUCUUCCAGAACGUUAUAUGGCUGUCAAGGUGAUCGGAGUGCGAAUAAUGUAUUUGUCUGACACCAAUUUUGAGCCUAAUCUCGUACCUGUCCAACGUCUUAGUUUUUUCUGUAUCUUGCUCGUCGAAAACAAGCUGACACAGAUGGCAGAACUUGGCUUGUUCCUUUAUCUUGUCCAGAGUCGAGUGUACGUAACCCCCCUCAGCCGUCAAGGACUCGAUAUUGACUCCUUGGCAUUUGCCGCAUAGAGUGCCCGAGUCGAAAGGAACCUUGCUGACAUUUUCGCUGCGUUUU